AUGGCUUCAGCAACGGCGUAUUUAGCGGUUGCGGGCAUGGUGGACUACGCUGCAUCAAAAUCUGCAACGCUGGCUCUGCACGAAGGCUUGCAAAGUGAACUCAAGAACGUGUAUAACGCACCUAAAGUGCGAUGCACAGUUCUGUGCCCGAGCAUCGUCGCCACAAAUAUGUUCACGGGUUUGAGCACUCCAUCACAAUUCUUCAAUCCAAUACUCACUUCACAGCAAGUGGCUGGAGCUGCUGUCUCUGCCAUAUGGGCUGGCGAGGCAAGGCAUAUCGAGCUCCCAUGGCUAUCUAAAUUCAUGCAGGCACAGAUCAGGAGCGCGCCAUCCUUCUUUAGAAUUGGCAUUCAAGAUGGGGGCAAGAAUGCUAUGACGACUUUCAGCGGCCAUAAAACUAUGGACUAG